UUGUUAGAAGACAGCUGGCGGGGAUCCACGCCACGCUUUGUUCCGAGGGGGUUCGAUCACAGCCCACGUGGGGAACAACAGCCGCGUGUUCCGACUCUUAAAAGGAGCUUUUGAAAGUUGGUCAGCGCCAUCAUUUCACGGCCGCGGACCUGUACCUGUGUUAUAAACGUGUCGCGAAGCAUCGGCGGCGGAGUUGUUUUAUCUCUGGCUGUAGUUUACUCCUUGGCGUAAAGAUGACGCAAUAUCUGAUGUUUUCUGUCUGCAACCGAAGCUAAAGAUGCCUCCUGCACCGGCAGAUGUGUCGGGUCCCAAACCCCUGGACGGGGGAUGGGGCUGGAUGGUGGUGUUCGGCGCCCAUAUUUCCAUUGGAUUCGCAUAUUCCACUCCCAAAGCCCUGUCCAUUUUCUUCAAGGAGAUCCAGGAAGACCUGGGGGCCAGCUACAGUGAAAUAGCCUGGAUUUCCUCCAUCAUGCUGGCUGUGAUGUACGCAGGCGGACCGGUGAGCAGCAUGUUGGUCAGUCGCUUCGGAAGCCGACCAGUGGUGAUGAUGGGUGGACUGAUGUGUGGGGUUUCUAUGGUAACAGCCUCAUUUGGGAGCUCCAUCGUUUACCUCUACCUUUGCAUUGGCAUCAUUGGAGGCUGGGGACUCUGCUUCAACCUGAAUGCAUCGCUCACCAUCAUCAGUAAAUAUUUCCUCGCCAAACGACCGUUGGCCAAUGGACUCGCCAUGGCCGGCAGUCCGGUUUUCCUCUGUUUCCUGGCUCCCGUCAACCAGUUUCUCUUAGGACACUAUGGCUGGAGAGGAAGCCUGCUUAUCCUCGGGGGUAUGAUGUUAAACUGCUGCGUUGCGGGGGCAUUAAUGAGACCCGUAGCUCAACCUUGUGACCCGAGAGCUUGUGCGCCACCACAGGAAGUGAAGCAGACAAACAAUACAAAGUCAAGCGGAAGCUGCAUGAAGAACGUUAAGACGUUUGUCGAUCUGUCUUUCUUCAAGGACCAGGGCUUUAUCAUUUACCUCGUUGGAAAUGUGAUGUUCAUCUUUGGCGCCUAUGCACCCAUCGUGUUCCUGUCCGCGUAUGCAAUCAGCCUUGGUGUCGAGGAGUACUCCGCAGCCUAUCUGCUCUCCAUCAUGGGCUUUGUUGACAUGUUUGUUCGGCCCGGCACCGGGCUAAUCGCCAACAGCAAGUGGAUCAGGCCAAGAAUCCAGUACCUCUUUAGCUUCGCCAUGGUCUUCAAUGGGACGUUCCAUCUACUUUGCCCUCUGAUGACGACCUACACCCUGCUGGUGGCCUACGCUGUGUUCUUUGGCGUGGGGUUCGGGAUGGUGUUCGCCCUGAUAUUUGAGUGCCUCAUGGACCUGAUGGGAAGCCAACGCUUCCCCAGUGCUGUUGGACUGGUGACCAUUAUAGAGUGCUUCCCCAUGCUCCUGGGACCACCUGCUGCAGGGUUUCUGGUGGACAUCUUUGGGGACUACAAAUACCUUUUCUUCAUGUGUGGAGGGGUGAUCACGACUGGUGGGCUCUUUCUCUUCGUCAUGAACGUCUAUAACUACAACAGAUUGGACAGAGCAAGUAGAGGCGACGACGCGGAGCAGAACCAGAACACCACUGAGAACCAGGAGCAGGUGAGCAGCUCAGAGGCUCAGAUGGAACUGAUGGACCCUGAGGCCAAAGAGACGAACACGGCCCAACUAGAUCCAGAGGACAGACAAGAAACCGGCUAAGCCAUUUGCCGACUGAUAGUAACCUGUAUUGUGUAAUAAUUGCGUGGUCGACGAAACAACAGAAGGACCUUCACUGCAGCUCCAGAUCAGGGAAGUGGAUCCAUACACAGGCAGACGUGGACAAAUUUGUAAGCAUUCCUUGACAGAGGCAUCCUAAGUGCCUGAGAGUUCAUUUAUCCUUUAUUGCCAGUAGCAUUAUCGCAAACUAAAAGUCUGGCGAAAUCCAGCCUUUAAUUUAAGUAAAUAUAUUUAGUGGGGGAAAAAAA